AGGGGGGAACCCCCCCUCAGGCGCGGUCACGUGAUCGGGCGAUGGGCACGGCGCUGGACGUGAGGGUGAAGCGGGCCGGGAAGGUCUAUCGCGAUGGGGAAGUUCUUUCUGGAGUUGUGGUCAUCACGAGUAAGGACACAGUCCAGCACCAGGGAAUCUCCUUAACCAUGGAGGGCUCGGUCAAUCUGCAGCUCAGUGCCAAAAGUGUGGGGGUGUUCGAGGCUUUCUACAACUCUGUCAAGCCUAUUCAGAUCAUCAACAGCACCAUUGAAAUGGUAAAACCAGGGAAGCUUCCCAGUGGCAAGACUGAAAUUCCCUUUGAAUUUCCACUGCACAUGAAGGGGAACAAGGUCCUGUACGAGACAUACCACGGCGUGUUUGUCAACAUCCAGUACACCCUGAGGUGUGACAUGAGACGGUCCCUGCUGGCGAAGGACCUGACCAAGACCUGUGAAUUCAUUGUCCACUCCCUGUCCCAGAAGGGGAAGCUGCUGCCCAGCCCUGUGGACUUCACAAUCACUCCUGAAACUUUGCAGAAUGUUAAAGAGAGAGCCUCCCUCCCCAAAUUCCUGAUCAGAGGGCACCUCAACUCCACCAACUGUGUGAUCACCCAGCCCCUGACGGGGGAGCUGGUGGUGGAGAGCGCCGAGGCCGCCGUGAAGAGCAUCGAGCUGCAGCUGGUCCGAGUGGAGACCUGCGGCUGUGCCGAAGGUUACGCCAGGGACGCCACCGAGAUCCAGAACAUCCAGAUCGCCGACGGCGACGUCUGCAGGGGCCUCCCCAUCCCCAUCUACAUGGUGUUCCCCAGGCUCUUCACCUGCCCCACCCUGGAAACAACCAACUUCAAAGUGGAGUUUGAAGUGAACAUCGUGGUCCUUCUGCACGACGACCACCUCAUCACUGAGAACUUCCCCCUCAAGCUCUGCAGGAUGUGAAGACCCAGGCCAGGAUUCCCUGGAAAAGGCCCCCAAUUCCUCAGAGGAAAAGUGGGAACUUUAUCCAUGCUGACAGCCC